AUUCUAUAUUCUUUAUGAAAUAUAUUACACUCACCUGAUAGUCUGUAGUAGCCUGCGGACAUGGUUAACUAUGAAUUGUUACAUUAUGUAGAUACAACUAUAAAGAUUUAAAGCUAAUAACGCUUUUUGUGCUUGUGUGAGAAUAUCACAGAAAAAUGACUCGCACAGUGUCAUCGAAUUUUUAGAAAUUAAUGAAACUGAAAAAACGGAAGAGUCUGUGCGCGCAGUGCGUGAAUAUGCCCGCCAAGGUCUCAAAGAAGGUCGUGGGCAUGAUCGUACGAAGCCGAAAAUUCAUUAUUAAGGAUGGGGUCAUUACGUAUUAUAUGGAACUGAACAACUGAUAAAUGAAAAAUUGGUAGGAUCAUAAUAUGGAAAGAAAUAUAUAUAGUAGCACUUCUUAGGGGUCAUGCCCCCUGGGGCAAAAGGUGGAGCAGAGGGCCUGGGCCCCUCUUGUUCUGAAAUUCACAACAGCCAAGAACAUGCUAUUGCUAAACUCACACCUCCUCUUACAUUUGCUCAGCAAUGCUACAGACAUCUUAAGAGUUCCGGUAUUGGAGAGGCAAGUGUGUACCAUGCUCUGGUUGUAAUAUUUUUGGAAUUUUUUGCAUGGGGUUUAUUAACCAUGCCUGUUAUCUCUGUAUUAAAUAUCACAUUUCCAAAUCAUACGUUCCUGAUGAAUGGUUUGAUAAUGGGCAUUAAAGGAAUCUUAUCAUUUCUUUCUGCACCAUUAAUUGGUGCUUUAUCUGAUGUAUGGGGUCGAAAAUUCUUUUUACUCAUCACAGUAGCCUUUACAUGUGCGCCGAUUCCUCUAAUGAGUAUUAAUACAUGGUGGUUUUUUGCUAUGAUCUCCAUCAGUGGUGUCUUUGCUUGCACAUUUUCAGUGGUGUUUGCAUAUGUUGCUGAUGUUACUGAAGAGCAUCAAAGAUCUCCAGCAUAUGGUAUGGUAUCAGCAACUUUUGCUGCAAGUAUGGUAAUAAGUCCAGCAUUAGGAGAUUAUAUUAUGAAAGAAUAUGGAGAGAAUCUUGUAGUUGCAUUAGCAACUGCUAUUGCAGUGUUGGAUGUGUUUUUUAUAUUAGUGGCUGUACCUGAAAGUUUGCCUGAAAAAGCUCGUCCACCGGCACCUAUAUCUUGGGAGCAGGCAGAUCCUUUUGCUUAUCUUGGAAAGGUUGGCAAAGAUCAUACUAUUUUAAUGUUGUGUAUUACUGUGUUCCUGAGCUAUCUUCCUGAAGCAGGACAGUAUAGUUGUAUAUUUGUCUAUUUGACUAAAGUUAUGGGAUUUACUGCUUUAAUGGUAGCAAUUUUUAUUGCUGUGGUGGGAAUUUUAAGCGUCGGAGCUCAAAGUGUCUUGGGUCCUUUAAUAAGAACACUUGGCAGUAAACACACCAUAAUGUUAGGUCUUUUAUUUGAGAUGUUACAACUUAUGUGGUUUGGCUUCGGUUCACAAACAUGGAUGAUGUGGGCAGCUGGAGUACUUGCUGCAGUAUCAAGUAUUACAUAUCCUGCAAUUUCUGCAUUCAUAUCCAUGCAUUCUGAUGCAGACAAGCAGGGUUUGGUACAAGGCAUGGUAACUGGAAUGCGUGGAUUAUGUAAUGGUCUUGGGCCAGCAAUGUUUGGAGUAAUCUUUUAUCUCUUUCGCGUUGAUCUCAACGAUAAUUCUCCUUCCCUUCCUGCAAAAUCAUCCCCAUUAGAGGAAAAUAAUAAAACAGGAACUGCCACGCAACAUCUUGAUAUUAUGCCACAGAUAGUAACCCAGCUUGUACCAGGACCACCAUUUGUGUUUGGUGCAUUACUUGUGAUAUGUGCAUUACUAGUAGCUGCAUUUAUACCGGAAUCAAACACAAUGCCAACAGGUCCAAUACAUCAUCCAUCCACCUCCCGGAGGCCCUCCGGUAAAUACGCAUAUCAGAAAUGUUUAUCCUUGGAUGUACAUUAUGAAGGAGACAAAUUGGGAAGUGGGAAAGGAAAAAUAGGGCCGCUGUCACCUCUAGUCGACAAUUGCAAUUCGGCUGCUCUAUAGCUAUUGUAGAAAAAAAAAAAAAAAAAAAAAAAAG